UCGAGGCUCUCGGCGCUCCACUCGCCGCCCUGGCCCCCGCGCUGCCUCUGCGAGAGAUUUUGUUUGACGCGGCCCUCAAACUCCUGGGGUUCAACAACAACAGCGACGACAACAACAACAACACAAUCUCCCCUCCACCACCACCACCUCCUCCUCCGUGCUUCUUCUUCGUGUCGCCUGAGCCCGCGUGAGGCUGCGGUGUUUACUUUGCGUGCGAGCGACAUGUCCAGCUCAAGUCCCCUUCACACACAGGGAGGGUGACCCUUUGACCUGUGUGUGCGUGGUCUCUACUCCGAGAUGUUAACUACCUCGCCUGGUGUACACGAGGCCAUGUCGGGUGUUCUCUUUGCAUCGGUGGUGCGUGUGCGCGACGGGCUGCCUCUGUCGGCCUCCACGGACCAGCAGCCGACGGCGGCGCUGCAAGCGAGCAAGCGAAGCCUCAAGCUCUUGUCGCGGCGCUUGUCCGCUCUGCCUGACCGCUGCUCCCUGGGCGCCGCACCCUCCCAGCGUAUCCACUUCAUCAGCGCGCUGGGCGUGGCGUACAUGCUGGUGUGCGAGGACGCCUACCCGGCCGUUCUCGCCUUCUCCUUCCUGGAUGAGCUGCAGCGCGAGUUCCUGUCCACGUACGAGCGAGCGCGCAUCGAGACCGCCGUGCGGCCUUACUGCCUCAUCGAGUUCGACACCUUCAUCCAGAAGACGAAGCAGAGGUACAACAGCCCACGGUCGCUGAGCGUUCGCCUCAACCUCACCGAGCUGCAGACCGAGCUGCGCCUGAGGCCACCGCAUCAGCUGUCGGAGAGAGACUUUGCCAACGGAGGGGUGUCCACCAGUACAGAGCCGGUCCACACGAGCCUGUCCCCCCGAUCGCACCUGGGCCCCGUUAGUGUCACUGGAGCCAUCUCAUUGCUGCUCAACUUCGUGUGCGGUCUCCUCAACCUGGUGCGGGGAUUCCACCUUCUAGAGAACACGCUCAUGGAGGAUGGAGAAGGCUCGUUUAACAUCAUGGUGUUUUUCCUCGCAUGUUCCACAUCCUUCUAUCAGUGCUCCCUGCUCGUGCGCCAGUGCCACUGGCGGAAAGCCAAAGCUCUCACGUCACUCGCCGUGGUGUGCGCGUGCAACGCACGCCUCGCCGACACCCGCACGGCCUGGCAGCUGCUCUUCCACGUGGGAGCGUCGAUCAUGGGGGCCGCGCAGGUGUGCGCGUGGCAGCCCGCCGGGAAGAGCGCCGACUACAACGUGUGACCGACCGCCUCUCCCCACCCCCUCCCUGCCCGCACCCAACUCACGCCUCCCCCAUUCCACACCGGCACCUUGUGCCCACAAGGAGAACGGCUACCACACAUGCCAAGCUGCCAAAUUGAUUUUCCAGUGGAGUGACAUUUAGGGAGCUGACAUCUGUAUAAGUUGCUCAUUUGUUACGUGGUUUUAUUUUUUUUGUUUCGCAUGUGGUGAAGGCGAAUUCACUGUCUCUGCUCUGAUGAGUGUUGGCAAUCUUGCCAGUAGUGGAAACUCCACACUACUGUGGAGGAUGCGAGUUUAUCAGACAUCCACUGUUCCAGUGUAUAGGUUUAUUUUGAAUGUAAUCUUCUAUCCAAGUUGUGCUUUAAUCAUCCAUAUAGCACUCUUAUACAGAACUCAACUCGCAGUUCGAGGGUUUCAAAUGAAAAUAACAAUCAGGAUUGUACCAAGCUCAUCAUAUUUUGCGUUUGGUAAAAUGCAUACCACUUGGUGAGUCAUUAGUGUUUGUCCUAGAGAUAAACUUGCUCAAAUUAUGUGGAAUUUCCACCACCAGCUUUGGACCACCCAACAAAGAUGAGCACUGCCCCGGUGCUCGUUUGAGCAGCGAAACACUUUAACUUGAAUUUGGACUUGAGUUCUAGUGGAGUCGAGGUACGAAUAACAUGUGUUCAUUAAAUUACCUUUAUUCCUCAUAACAAUGUGACAUUUGAGAAAAAAAAACCCUGGAAGAGACUAUUGUCUGUGUUACCUAUAGGCCUCUUAUCUAAUACAAUAUAACAAGACUUCAUGUUUUGUGGCGAAUAGGUUACCAUGGCUUUUUUAUUAUCAGACCAUAUCUAGUCAAAAAACAAAUGUCAACUAAUAUUGUGCAAUCAUUGACGCAUGGCUAAGAACAUCAAAUCUGCUGCACAACAGAACCUUGAGUGGACUCCUUGAUUUUAUCCCAGGAUCUCAGCAGUGCUGGCUGAAUGCACCAAUGUAGGCAUUGGCCCCCUGAUCCAUCGAGCCAAAUUAUGAAUGUGGGUAUCCACACGUGUAAAAUUAUGAGCAACUUAAAAAAAAAUCAAACUCCACAUGUUUUCCAUACCAAGCAAAAACAAUUAAUAUAUUUUGGAAGAGUACAAUGUGUGUUACUAUUUUUUUUUUACAUGUUGCCAUAGUUUUUUAAUUGGGGUUUAAUAUUAUUAGCCUCUAUAUUUAUUUUAAAAACAGAUUUAAAUAAUAACUUAAGGGUUCAUCGGAGAUGCGAUUCCACACCUCGGAUUAGCACGGUUGGCAACGUACGGUGCAAAAGAUGUUGAACAUACAUGGACAUACAGCCUCAGCAGUUGCUGUUCAUUUCACCAGCACAAAAGGUGAUAACGAGCUUAGACGGCCCUUGCCAGUAUUUCGAGUAAACACGAGUACAUGACAAAAUGUUCCCUGUAUAGAUGUGUUUGCUAAGCUAUUGUGCCAUUGGAUUUCUGUCUUGCUUGACUCAUUUAGAGUGAAUUUAACUUGCAUUUUAGCUUUUGUCAUCUUAAUAAUUUGCAUAAGUACAUCAUAGUUCAUGUCAAGAUGAAAGUGUCUUCUUACAAACACGGGGUGGCACUCAUUUCUAUUGGUGGUCCUGAGCCAGUGGUGGAAAUUCGGGAGCAUGAUUUCAUGCAAUGAUCGUAAUUGAUAUCUGACAAAGUGGUACUCAUUGUAUCAGAGAUAUGGGCUGAGUAAACCCCAAACCAGAUUUGGACACGACCUUAAUGUGAGAUGUGUGAUAACCAGUGCCACCUGGCCAGAUUAUAAUUGGUUGCUCAAAUGUUUGCAUUGUGUCUUGUGGAGGCUUGGAAGGGAGUAACUUUUUGCAUAAAGUAAAAAAAAAUGUAACUCAGGAAUAGUGAAUCCCCCUCCACCCAGUGUUUUACAUUCAGUCUUCUAUUUGAAUUCCUCGUUCAUUUUUUUUUAUGGAAUGUUAUUUUAUAGAUCUUUUCAAUGCCACGUCUGCCCAAUAGUUAAGGAAAUUACUAACUUAUGCUGCCUACUUUCAAGUUAAUGAUAAUAACGCAGAGUCGUCAUUCACAAGUAUGGACCAUUCAAUGUCAGUGUCAUAACCAAAAUGGCAAAAGAGAAAAUUCCUUACAUUUAAGUUACAUAUAUCUAAAAACACAUACUUGAAUAACAUUAAUAUACUUUGUGUCAUCCAAAAUCACAGUUUCUCCCUGGCCAAACAACCAUUAUAGUCCACUCAUGUCCAUUGGUAUCCCCGAUCCAGUGAAUGUGUAAAUUCCACAUUCAUUGAUUGGGGGCGGUCUAUCAACAAUAUAAUGAUGACAGUUGAAUUUCGAUUUAAAGCUUUCGUGACUGCAGGGAUUCAUCUUCUUGGUUCUUUCGGUAAAGUCUCGUAGAAGGGAAAUAAUAAAAUAGUUUUUUUUUCUACGUGACUUUCCUGAAAGUACCAACAGUUGAAUUCCCACGAAGUAGCAUUCAUAUAAUUGACCCCCGAGGAAGAAUAUUUUAAGUCGAAACCCAAAACAAGAUUUAAACUGUCAACCUUCCAAACGUGGCUCAAGCGUGCUAACAUCAUAGCUGGCUUGUCAAGUGACCAUGUCAGAAGCAGCAGUGGAUGUCAGAGGGCCCACCUGUUGAAAAAGUACUGGUUUAGCCAUUUAUAUCGAUACUAGUUUCUGUGCCAUGGCCAAAGAAGAGUGUUCUAAAUUAAUCACCCUUUCCGUUAUGUUCAGAGGGAAAAGAUCCAUAGCGCACUUUGUUUUUACGCGAUUAUUUACUUUGGCCAUGUUUCUUUAACCAUGCUAUGUCAAUGUAUUAUGUAACGUUAGUUACAACUAUAUCAUUAGUCCUAUUUCGUCUGAAGAAUUGCACUAAGUAAAAAUGUCACGUCUUUCUGAAGACAAUUCUAGUGCAGUCAUCUCAAGGAUAAAUGCAGGCAUAUCUAUGACUGCAGUAAAAUUAAAGGAAGGCACAGUCUAAAAAACAUACACUUUUGUGGUUAUUUCCCAGAUAAGUACAUAGGCUGUGUGUGCCCUGGGCUUUUAGACAGGUAUUUGAAGAUUUGUUAAUGGGAAAAAUUAUUGAAAGUGACUUUCAGGAACACCACUAUAAUAUGUCGUAAUAUAAUGCAGUGUGACGAAAUUACAUUUUAAAAUAUAACAGUGACGCGACCACACAUCAUGACUUUUAUUCAUGUACAGGGUGAUUCAAAAAAUGUUAACACUUCGUUUUUAAUGGGGAAAGAACGGAUAAUAAACUGCAACAUGAUGACAAAUGUGAUGUUAAUAGCUUCAAAAAGUCAUAGAGUCUCUACUCGUUCGUCAUCACUGUCAACGCGUGCCUGGAAUCUUCUCCAGGUGGUCUCCAGAGCCUCGGAGGCACAUUUCUCGUGAUAUUGUUGCAAAUUCUCCGAAGUGUUAACAUUUUUUUGAAGCGCCCUGUAUAUGGCAGUCAUUGCAAUGGCAUCACACGAUGCUCCUCAUUGUGGCUUUCAAGUGUCUUUUAUUGUUCGCAAAACUUAAUAUUCCUUCUAGAUUUUAAGCUUUCGUGACUGCAAGGAUUCAUAUUCUAAGUUUUUUCGGUAAAGUCACGUAGGUAAAAAAUAAUAAUAAAAUAAUAAUAAAUGAAAAUAACUCAAUAAAAUCACGACGUUUCGGAGGCAACACAAGUCUACGUCUUCAGGUGGGACCGUGACAGCCAAAUUUACUGUAUCAAGUGAAGAGAAAUCCAAGAGACAAGAUCUUAUAUACUGCUUAAGGGGAGGGGGGAGGAGCUGGGAGGGUGGGCAGAGCUAGAAGGGGAAGGUGGGCGGGGCUAGAAGGGAAAGUACAGCUGUUAAGCACCUCCGCAAGAAUUACUGCAGAUGUUGGCUUCCAAAACCAAAAAAUAGCACUGUUAAACGCUGGGGAUGUCAACAACUCGUUAAAAUAGACUAGUACCUGUCAAAUAAGAUAUUCCUGUCGGGCUUGAAACACCGAUUAGAUCUAUCUCUACACGAUAAGAGGUCUGUUUUUUUCUUAGUUUGCGUCGUUUCAGUGACAAAAAUGUAAUGUUGAAUUUUAGAAUGUAUAGUUGAAAAAGUAUUGUGAUAUGAUCAGCCAUGAUCAAUCCACGCCGUUUACACCGCGCGUGGUCUUGCGAAGUCGCAAUCGAGCGUACCCUUGCACACGAGCCGCUGUUAUCACUGCAACUCUCGCAGAAGUUCAUCCAUCGACCAUCCAAACUCGCGAUGUCACCUGCCCAACGACGGAGCUUUACAACAAUGAUAGUGUAAUAAUGCCUUAACAUCAGACUUUAAAUGUAACUUCAUGUUGUCAACUCUGGAUUAAAACACAGGAUUUUAGCAGUGUUGGUUCGCUACCAUUACAGGAAUUACUCCCCUAAGCCACCUUGCUACCCGCUAAGUCUUGCCUUUAUAUUCGAGCUGUCGGGUUUUUAAGAGACCGAAAUUAGCUGGGUGAUUUCAUCAAACAACUCAUGCUUUAAACCCUCUGUUUGGGCGCUCGAGUGAAGAAGCUGAUGAUUUUGGUUCCGAAUACUGUUUAUUUAUUUUUACUUAAUUAAACACAACAGUUCAGAGUGUUUUCAAUUUGCUUAUACAUGUACAGUGAAAUCUCGUUACAACAUAGGUGUGGAUAACCUGUAUUUAUUCAUUUUUUUUACAUUAUGAAAAUACUUUAAUCUGAAAUUGCAAGAAAUACACUUUCAAAUUGUUUUACAAAUUUCACCAUUUUUACUUAUAUUAAUAGGCUAGAGCCUAAUAAAUAUGAUAGUGUGGUACAUUUUCAUGUGUUUACAUUUGUCUUCGAUGGAUAUAUGAAUACAUCAGCAACCUUUCCAACUUCGAUUUAAAGCUUUCGUGACUGCAUGGAUUCAUAUUAUUGGUUCUUUCGGUAAAGUCACGUAAAAGGGAAAUAAUAAAAACUACACAUUUCUUUUAUCUUACUAUGUUUUAUUUUUAUUAUUUUAUUAUUUCCCUUCUACGUGACUUUACCGAAAGAACCAAGAAUAUGAACCUUUACAACCUCUCUUGAUGGCAAUGCCAUGCAAACUGUCAGCCAAUCCAUUGGGCGCGCUUCGUUCUCCGCUCUUCGUUCUCCACGCUUCGUUCUCGCCAGCGAGUUGAGAUAUCACAAGCAAGGCCACAUGGCAGUGUCAAGUGGACUGGCUUGGCUGACGUUAUUUGCACGAUGACAUCAUAGCUAAUGCUUGUCAGGCUGCCGCGAUUCUAUAGGCUGUAAUACCAAGCUGGUACGAAGCGGUAAACAAUUACCAGAACUUUUAAAAAUUAAGUUAAUAUGCAAUGCACAUUAAUAUGAUGUUAUUUUGAGAUGUUUAACAUUUGAUCGUGCCGAGGAUUUUGGCAAAAUGCAUUUAUUAAAAGUUUGUCAAUCUAGUGGACGUUAUAGUGAGGUUUCACUGCAGUUUUAUUUUUGGUGGUUUUUAACCGAGGGUUACAGACUUGGCAUGUAUGUUCAGUGAAUUGGUUCCUAUGGGGUUUGUGCCUUUGUGAAAUAAAAUAUAAUAUACUAACGCGUAUGUGUAAGCUAACUGCAUUAAAUAAUAACAUCAGAACUUCACAAAUCUCAGAGCUCAUACCCAUGCCACUUUUUAAAAUGUUAACAUACUCUAAUGGACAACAAUCUCCAAGCAAUUAAGUAAUUGAAUCAUUUAAUUAUUUAUUUCCAACAGCUCUCUUGUUAAAAGUAACCAAAACUUGCUGAAUGCUAUGAAGUAAAUCUAAAAGAUCCUGUGACAUUGGUUCUGAAGAGCAAGCUAUUGUGCUGGUAUCCUAUUCCCAACGUUUUCUCAAUCAUUCUGAACAGAUAAAACAUGUACGUAUUGAAGUAAUACAUCGCUAAAUGACGUGUUAUACAUGUGUAUUGAGCGCCUUCCGAGACACGUCGAGUAGAAGGCUUAUUUAUUAAGAGCACACGGGGCGAUCCACUUCGUAACGCAGCAACACAUCGGCGUUCCUAACACGCAGCCCAUCUCACUCAUCCACUACGCUCGCUUGAUUUGAAGCUUUCGUGACAGCAGGAUUACUCGUUGGUUCUUUCGGUAAAGUCACGUAGAAAGAAAAUACAUUAAAUAAUAGAAUACGAUGUUUCGAUUGCAACAUAAGCAGUCGUCAUCAGGUAGAACUAAAUUUGAGAGACAAAACACAGACACGGAGACAAUAGUUGUGUGUCUCUGUGUAUGUGUUGUCUCUCUCUGCUUGUGUGCAGAUAAGCUUUGUGUUCUGGUUUGACCUACAUGAGUUCAGAGUUUGGAGAAUGAUACGAGUUUCCAGAGGGGGGGGGGGUGAUUUAAAAAAAAAUCAUUUUGCUGAAAACAUUGACAAAAGCUUGCAUUUGGAUGUUUUUAAGGGCACUGAAUGAAAAUGUUAAAGAUUAUUAUUUUCGAUUUAAAGUUUUCGUGACU